UGUGUGUAGAUCCUGGAGGCCAUGGAGAUCAUGCUGUUAGCAGUCGUCUCCCCAGAGAUCCGCUGUGAGUGGCGUCUCAGCGACUGGCAAGUUGCCCUCGUCUCCACCAUGGUGUUUCUAGGGUUCAUGUUGUGUGGAGUCCUGUCCGGGUACGUCGCUGACAGAUACGGACGCUGGAAGGUAGUAUUCGGGGGCUUCGUGUGGAGCGCGUACUUCUCUCUGCUGACGUCCUUCGCUCCGUCGUACGGUUGGUUCAUCUUCCUCCGCAGCAUGGUGGGGUGUGGAGUCGCUGGGGUGUCCCAGGGGUACAUCACCUGGAACCUGGUCAUUAGACAGGUAACACAACUGGAACAGAGUCAUUAG